UAGAGUUUUAAAUAUGGCGUCGUCUGUGGGUGUCAGUGUGAAGGUCCUUACUGGAAUUGCCUGUGUCGUGCUGCUUUUCGGACUUGCUAACGCUAAAGGAACAUUGCAGAAUAUUGGUGAAGAUGACUGGGCUCAACUUCUGGAUGGAGAAUGGAUGGUUGAAUUCUAUGCUCCCUGGUGUCCAGCAUGCAAGGCACUCCAGCCUAUCUGGGCUGAGUUUGCCACUUGGAGCCAGGACCUGGACAUCAAGAUCGGAGCUGUGGACAUCACAGAAUCACCGGGCCUGAGUGGACGCUUCAUGAUCACUGCCUUGCCCACAAUAUUCCACGUCAAGGAUGGCGUGUUUCGUCAAUACAAGAACUCGCGGGACCGAGAGCAGUUCAUCAGUUUCGUCGAGGAUAAGAAGUGGGAGCAGGUGGAGCCCGUCUCCAGCUGGAAGGCCCCCGACUCGAUUCAGAUGUCGGUGCUGGCUCAGUUCUUCAGGCUGUCCAUGGUACUCAGGAACGUACACACCUCCCUGACGGAGGAGUACGGCGUGCCGGUGUGGGGCAGCUACCUGCUCUUCAUCCUGGGCACGGUGGUGAUCGGUGCCCUGCUGGGUCUCCUGUUCGUCUGCUGCAUCGACGUCUGCUGCGCCCAGAAGUCGUCCGAGCUGCCGCCCGAGAUCACUAAGAAAGACGAUGAUGCUGCUCAGAAACGCUCAGAUGAGGAGGAAGAAGACGAGGAAGACGAGGAGGAGGAAGAAGAGGCGGAGACGGAGCGUGCGGCCGCCGCCGCUGCUAAGGAGAAGGGCAGUCCCGAGGCCAGGAAGCGGCGCACGCGGAAGGCUGACUGAGGGGCCAGCAGCCGUGCCGGUCCCGCCGGCCGGGGAGGCGCUCUGCACCGCCUCGCUGCUCCGGAGCGCACACGGCAGCCGGGCAGCGGUGGCGGACGUGCGGCGGCCCGGCGCGCCUGGCUCGCGCUGCCGGGCGAGAACUGGGUCGGAGCCGGUGUCGGCCGAGGCUGCGGGUGCUAGCCGCGGCGACGGCGCCGAGCGGGCGGCCCAGUCGGCGCCGACGCAAAGUACCGAGUCGUGCUCGGGCAGCGAUGCUGUGUGUGUGGGUGCUCUUUUCUGCUCCGAUCUAACGCACUGUACUUGCUGGCGACCUUCCUAGAAGGCGCCCUCCUCCCGCCUGCGGCGUCUCUCGUGUCCCCGCCCGUGUACCAGAAGGCGCAGCAUUCCGUUGACGGCAACCAUACCAAAAUGUGUUGACUGUGAUACCCUUGUGAGGCGGCCUUGAGCGGCUGCCUGACGUUCGUGUCGGGGAUGUGGCGCGGUCGUCUGCUGCCUCGUCGGACGUCGGCGGUAUCCAUCGGCUGCUGAGCGUGCGGGGCGCCCGGACCCCGUGGAAUGCUGCGCCGCACACGCUGGCGUGGGUGCGCGUUCCUCCCCGCGGGAGCAUGCGAGUACGGGGCAUUUCUGUAACUCUGGCAUCUGGGGACGGGCUGCGUUAACGGAGUGGGGCGUUGUUAUGAUGUGUUUGACCGCGAGCGCUUGCCUUGGGCUGUCAUGGCCUGGGCCGUCCUUUGGUAUUGUGGGUGGGGGCUGGGCUUGGUGCCGACUGGGAGGCGCUCUCCCGCCACAAGGGAGGAGGAGGAGGGGGGGGGGGGUGACAGGGUGGCAACUCGCCGGUAGGGUCACCGGCCAGACACUUUCUAACAGUCCCCGGCGGUGUGCCGCCACUUGCGUCCAGGGCACCCAUCGUGAUCAGUUAUCUUACCGAUCCUUACUCGAAUACACUCUCUUUUAUAGGC